AUGCGCUGGUCUCUAUCGCGAUAUGGCCAAUCUUCUAUUGCAUUUAAGCCGCCGACGGACAAGUUCAAGCCGGUGGACUUCGGUCGCGCUGUGUCUCCGGUACUCGCCGGACAUUCGUUGGUUCACGGCCUCUUACGCUCUGGAGAGCGUAGACUGGCUGGACUGCUGGCUCAGCAGAUGGUCGAAGAUGGAGUGACGCUCAAGUCCCAAACGGUUGAAGCUAUCCUGAGUACACUCCAGGUGGCGCCUCUUCGCACUCCAUCAGGUCCCCCACACGAUAAUUCGACGUUCCCUUCACUCGACAACGUUCGACCCCGCGAUCCUCUCACCGCCGCAGCCGUCGUACUGCUACGAGGCGCGUCAAAGCAACGGAAACAGCGCACACGAGCCAUAUUCGACAAGGUCAUCAGCUUGUGCUUAGCCCAGACCGAGAUCCUCGCCGCUUCCCUGCUCCUUGGGAUGCUUAUUGCUGUAUACCAGCAGCACGGGACGCACGUUGUAACUGGAUCCCUUGUCGCUCCCGUUCCUCAGGGCUCUCGAGCGGCCCCCAGUCAUCCGCGCAUCCGCGGCUCCGGUAUCGGUUGGUCCACGAAGUCUAUGGAGGCGAUAGUACAAGCCAUUGAGCCCCACAUACGCGCGGGACCUGAGGACGAUAUGUUCGAAGAGUGCAGCCAGAGUCUCGCAUUCAUAGCUCACGCAAUCGACACGCGUCAUAUGCCCCUUACUCGAACUGCAACACUCAUCAAGUUGCUGUACUCGUACCCGGAUUGCGACUCGCUCGUUUGGGUAGAGCGUGAAGGCGGGACCCCGGAGCGCAUACGUGCAUACACGUACUUCAACGACGUGCUCCUGAGACUUGUAGAGGGUCUUCCGUCGCGGCCUCCUCCCGAUGCUGCACCUACGCGUAGGCGAAAUCGCUUUCCAGGCUACUGGGAUAACAUGCGCAUCGUCGAGUACAACUCGCUAUUGCACUACGCCAUCGAUGAGCGCCGCUCUAUACCGCUCAUGCGACGCGUACUCGAGCACAUGCGCGAAGCCCGUCAACCGUCCAUUGAACCGAACAACGUCACACACUCUAUCACUCUUCGUGGACUGCGACUUGCGCGUCGGAAUGAUUUGGCGGAAGAUGCUGUUGGCAAGAUGAUUGGGCGAGAGCAGAAGGGUUCUUCUACUGCUAAGGACAAGGAGCAGACUGCCACUCCUCGACCGGCGUCUCGGCCCAGCAAUCAACGUGGGUUACAUACCUCCUCGGUAGUGGACGGGUCCCAGGUCCCCGCGGCUCCUCUCAAGCGUCUCAUGCGCGAGAAUAUGGAAGCCACUAUGCAAUACCCCGCCGCCGCCGAACCCGCUCAGAUGGAUCCCGACACGCUCGUACAGUACAUUCUGCACCUCGUCGAAGCAGGACGCUUAUCCGACGUUGCACCACUCUUCUUCGAACUCUUCCCCGAGCUUAGCAUCGAAGAUCAUGAUGAGCGGCGCGCCGCGCGCCGUCACGCUAUCGAACGCGCCAUACAGUACGGACCAGACUUCUUCGCGACAUUGCUCUCGGCAAUGCAGAAGGCUGGCAAAACUGGUACGGCGGAGAGAGUGUGGGGUCUUGCGAAGGUGGCUGAACAGCGUUCAUGGACUGCUGCACCGUCGUGGGUGCUUCCUGUUCACGCGUACACGACGAUGAUUGCCAUCUAUCAUCGCGAGAGCCGCCGCGUCGAGGAGGACCCCUUCGGCGACAGCGACGACGAGUCCUCCGACUCCCGCGCUGUGGGCUUCGGCCGCUUCAUACCCCCCGAGGCCAUUCAAGAGGUGCACAACGCGGCUCGUCACCGUGCUGUCGUCGGACGCGCUAUGGCGUUCAAGGUGUACAAGGAGUUCAUGACUGUAUCGUCGCGCGAGGAUAUACCGCUCAAGGCGCCGCGUCCCGACGCUCGGUUCUUCAAGACUGCUCUGCGUCUGCUGGAUCUGGACAAGAGACGUAGUAACGACUAUUGGAGGGACAAGUUCAACGCUACGACACACGCGUACCUCUCUUAUGGAGAGUUACCCGAGGGGUGGACGCCCGAGCUACAGCGCAUCGCGGACGACAUGGACGCUGCAGGAUAUGCUCUGCCGUUGGCUCAUCGGGCUCUCCUUGUGGGUCGCUGGAACCCCAAAGUCCGCCAGGAGGAGGUUGAGGUCGCGUCCCGCCGACCAUUCGUGUUCCCUCCGUUGCCGCAGAAUGAGCAUUCCGCCACCACGCUGGGGACGGCGAAGUCUAAAGGCUUGCCUAUCAGGCGUAUGAAGCCGAAGGCACCAUCUGCAAAGCCGCGCAGAGAGCAAGCGUAG